AUGGAGCGCGGCACCAGCGGUGGUCAGCAGCAGCACCAGCAGCAGCAGUCAUCGCACCACCACCACCAGCAGCAACAGCAGUCGUCGCACCACCAGCAGCAGCACGCGCACCACCAGCAGCAGCGACACCACCAGCAUGUCGUCGCCGUUCACAGCUUCGAUCCUUAUCUGACCGUCGGCGGGGCGGACGAGGAGCACACGUCGGGCACCUCGUCCUUUGACAAUCCCGCCACCAAAAAGAAGCCGCCCAAGCUGAGGCCCAUCCACCGAUCCCUGUCCAUGGCCAUCGAUAAUUAUGCACCGUCUUCCGGGGAUCUCGACAUGGAUUUGGACAUGGAAAUGGGCAUGGAGAUGGGCAUGGACAUGGACCUGGACAUGGAGAUGGACCUGGAGGGCGAGGGCAUCAUCAUCAGUGAGAAGCCGCUGAUCCACCGCUCGGCCUCGCCCCUGCCCCAUCCCCGAUCCGGAGCCCUACCCCCGCAGACCCUAGCAAUCCCAGCACAACAGCAACAGCAACAUAUUAUAUCCCAUCCCAGCCAGCGUGGCGGUGGUGGUGGCACCGGCAGUGGUGCCGUUUCCCCAGCCCUUUCUGCCCGCCAGCAACACCAUCACCUCCUCCAACAACAACAACAACAACACCACCAGCAACAACACCAACAACAACAGCAACAUCAGUUGCACUUGCACACUUUUCAACAACUUGCCGCACAGGCAGCUGCUGCACGGCAUCAGACAACCCACCAGCAGCAUUCACUAUCGCACCGCCAACAUCCGCAACAACAUACGCAUCCACAUCAACAGCUUCAACAUCCGCAUCCGCAUCAGCAUGCGCACUCGAAGAGCUCACCAACCUCACACGCGGUUAGCCCGGUGCUGGGCCAGCAGCACCGCCAGCAGCCGGACAUUUACCUGGUCAGCAGCAGCAGCAGCCUGGGCGAUGGUGUCGGUGUGGGCAGCUUGGGCGUGGGCGUGGGCAUGGGUAUGGGGCGAUCGUUGGGCGGGAGCACAUCGCCCAUUCAGUUCAUCGACGUGGACGAUAUGCCCAAUCCGACGGUGGCCCCGCAUCAGCGCCCAAUGCAUCCGCUGAAGAAGAACCUGUUCCGGCGAUCCGACACCAUUGACGUCCAUCCGUCUACCAAUUUUCAGAUGAAGAAAACGCAUUCCUUCCACGCGCAACAGGAUCCCGCCGCCCUGGACCAAAUCCAGCUGGCCGUAGCUGCCGGCUCCGCGACCUCCAGUCGUCGCACCAGUUCGGUGAGGGGCAACUUCCUAAUGCCCGGUCCGCCGGCCGGUGCCAAAGAGAUAUCCCGCUCACCGUCGCCCAGCCGACGGGGCUGUCGCUCGCACCGAUCGUUCAACGAUCCGGGUCGGAGGCCCAGUGUGAAGCCGGACUCGGUGGUGGAAUCGCAGAUCCGACAUCCCUCGCUGAACGAUGACCUCAUGGAGCCGAUGAACGGACGGAACCUCUUUGCGGCACCCACCAAUCUGUCGCUGGAGAAUGAGCUGUUCGUGGACACGCGUUCGCGCAGCAACAGUCACACCAAGAUGGAGGAGCUCGGCCUUGCGGAGAUCACCGCCGCUGCCGUGGCCGUGCAGCGCUUGCGCAAGAGCUCCGGAGCGGGAUCCUUUGAGGAUGCAGCCGCCGGUCACAGUGCCACCCACCCGCCUUCAGCAGCAAAUAGCAUCAAGCAGAAGCGGGACUCACACCACCCACACACCCGCCAAGUUAGCACGCACAGUUUGGAGCUAGACGGACGACCAUCGACCUCUGCGGCAGCGGCAGCCGCAGCCGCAGCAGCGGGCGGACAUGGAUUGCAGCUCCACAGCGCGGCGGCCGCGGCCAGUGCAGCGUACCACUUCAAGCGGGGCGCCCAGCACGGGCGGUCGCUCUACCUUUCGCCCAGCAACCUGGAAGAGCUAGCCGUCCACCGGCCAGGUGUUCUGGCAGCAGCAGCGGCUUUCCAGGGCACCAACGCCAGUGCCAGUGUGAAGCAGGCCAAGGCCCUGCACAGCGCCAGCGUUCGACUCCGUAGCUAUCGGGAGACACUGAGCGCGUCCAAGAAGUCCAAGAGCUUCAUCGGAGACGCGAGUGCUGGCAGCGGUCCGCAGGCGGGCGACGACUUCGAGCUGAGCUCGCCCCACCGACGCAACAGUCGCCCGCUAUCCACAGUUGUGCCUGGGUCCAGCAUCGAGGAAAUCAAGAGGAGUCCUCGACCCAUUUCCGCUUCGGCGGCAGCGGCUGCCUUCCUGGAGGAGAAGCGACCCAGCUUCGAGAGGAAAUCCUCGCUCACGUACGACCACGAGCUGAGCGAUGCCGCAUUUGCGGCCCAGGUGCUGAGGCCCUUUCACCACAAACUGGCUGCCGGACGGAAGGGGUCAGUGACCGGAGGCUCCCACAAACUGAAGAAGAAGUCGCUGAGCGAUGACACCGACGAGGAUGAGGCGGCGGAUCGCAAGCGCAAGCGGAUCGUCUGCAUUGUCCUGUCCACGGUCCUGUUGUGCCUGGUGUGCGCCAGCGUUUUUGUGCUGACCAUCACGCUGACCUCCAGCUCCGGCCAGGGCGGAAAGAAGGCGCAUUCGUUCAGCAGGGACACGCCCGUCCACUGGACGGGCAUGCGGCCCUCAUGAACUCCAACGCAGAGGCUGUGCUUCGGCCAUUUCACCAACCUGCCAGCUGGUUAUCCCCUGACUUUGGACUCGAUUUCGUUAACGUUUGCGUUUUCGCUUCCGCUUCGAUUCCGUGCUGUCGUUCCGCUCCAUGUUUUGUUUCCUCUGAGUCUCCGGGUCUCUGGUGGCCCCGAAUUGUCCAACUGACGCUUGAAGACUGCGGGAGAGAGGCAACUAGAAGAGAGGCAGCGGCAACUAUCGAAGAGUCUUGCGACAGGAGAACGAGCGCAACUUCCGCGAGAAUCUGGAGCGCACCUGGAUGAUGAAGAACCGCACCGAGCUGAAUCUGCAGCGCCAGCAGAUGGAGAUGCAGCUGCACGUCGUUCCAUGAGCGGAAGGAAG